CAAAAACGGAGGAAUACCUCUAUCGCGAUUCAGUAUAAAAGUUGAAUUUUUUCGAGGGAAGGAUUAAGUUUGUUGACUGGGUCGAACGAAGACAACGUUGAGAAAAUGUUCAAGUUUGUGUUAUUGUCUGCUUGCGUUUGUGUAGCCGUGGCGGCGCCUAAGCCAGGGUAUCUUGGAGGUUAUGCUGUCCCUGCUGCUACCAGCUAUAGCUCGAGGGUGGAUGUCCACACCCCAGUCAUCAAAACUUAUGCAGCUCCUGCUCUAUUGGCUGCCCCCGUAUACUCGAAGGCCAUAGUGGCAGCCCCAGCAGUCAGCUAUCACUCCGCCCCUGUGAUCUCAGGAUACGGAUUAGGACACGGAUUGGGACACGGAUUAGGACACGGAUUGGGACACGACUUGUCCUACGCUGGAUACGGAUACGGCGGUGGCCAUGAGAUCGGUUUGGGACACGGUUACGGAUCGGGACAUGGUUAUGGAUUGGGACAUGGUUAUGGUCUGGGAUUGGGACACAGCUCAGGUUAUGGAUACGGACACGGAUGGUGAAAUGGUCGAUCGACCAGUUGAAUAUUGUGGCCAAAAGAUGUUCGAUACUUUUUGUAUAUUACGAAAAUGUAUAUAUUAUUAUAUUUUGUACACCUGAAAAGAUAAGACAAUUAAACUCAUGAAACUUCAGUAUACUGAACAA